UUUGAAAUAACUUUUAACUUUUGGUAUUGUUAGAAAUGUUGAUUAAUUUGAAGCUGAUUAACUUGAUUUAUCUGAUAUUGUUGUUAUUAUGACCGAUUAAUUGAUUUCUCUAGAUUAUAUGAGCGUGAUAGCUUCGAAAUCGAAGCUUCGGAGCUCAAAAAAAUGGAAUCGCCGAUUGCCUCUCUGGAGAACCGACCCGCCAUCUUCGUCAUCGGAUCCUCCAACGUCGGAAAACGCACCAUCCUUUCCCUUUCAUUUGAUGUCAAUUUUAGGGUUGCUCUCUGUUGACAAUGAAGAUGCUUUUGAUUCUGCUUUUGAAGUGAAUGUACGUGGAUGGACUAUCAACACUAAGUACUAUACUGCUGAUGUUUCUGUAUGGAUGGCUCAUCUUCAUGAUGAUUUUUCUGUUCAGAACCUGCCUGUGUUUCAACAGGCGGCAGCGUUGGUGAUGGUUUUUGACAUGAAUAAUCCAUCUUCUCUAACUGCACUUCAAGAUUGGGUAUCUUGCACUGUCAUUCAAAACUUUGAGAUAUUAUUAUGCAUUGGAAACAAAGUGGACCUCCUUCCAGGUCAUCCGGUUCAUGCUGAAUACAGAAGACGGUUAUUGAAACUUGAAGACUCUACUAUUGAUCCUUAUUCAGAGCUCCCUGAGUAUGGAAUAUCUGAAUCUGAAGGAACUAGUUUACUGGGAGAUGAAGAACCAUCAUGGGAUAUCAGAAGGUCCUGCUUGGAGUGGUGCACCGAGCACAAUAUCGAAUUCAUUGAGGCUUGUGCUUCUAAUGCUGAUUUCGACAAAUGUUUGUCUAUAGAUGGUGAUUUACAAGGAGUUGAACGGCUUUAUGGUGCUCUUUCUGCUCAUAUGUGGCCUGGAAUGAUAUUGAAAUCUGGUGAUAGGAUUAGUCAACCAUCAUUUCCUACAAAGGAGGAGUUAUCUUCAGAAGAAUCUGAUUAUGAACAAGAAUAUGAAGUUUUGUCAGCUGGUUCAGCUGAUCCCUGGGAUGGAACUGAACAAGAAUGGGUAUCUGCAACUUCUUUGGAUGCUGGGGGAUUGGUUCCUCAAAACAAUACAAAUACAAAUUGUGAAUACAAGAUCGAAAUUAAAUCUGAUAAAGAUAUCCCACCCACAACCUCAAGCACUGGGCCUGAAGAUGAAGGUGACCAGAAAGUCUCACACAAUAUCAUGCAUUCUGAAGAUGAGAAUAAAUGUCUUGAAUUAGAUGAUUUGGAGCAGUUGAUGUCUGAGAUUGGAAACAUGCGUGCAGGUAUACGGUUGAUGCCUGAUUUCCAAAGAAGAGACAUGGCUGCCAAGCUUGCUAUGAAAAUGGCUUCCUUAUUUGGGGGUGAGAGUGAUGAAGAGGAAACUUAGUUCAUAUUAGAUGUUAACCCGACGUAAUUCGGUUAUAGGUUUGAUGGAAACAUCAAUGCAUGUCUUUCAUGGUACUUCUAUUUGGGCAUUACUUGGAACUUGGAAGACAUGCAACCUCUAGAACCCCGUCAACAAGGAUUGGUUCCUUCUUCAUGCUACCCUUGGUAACUGCUGAACAUGGUUAAAAUAUUAUGAUGUGUGGCCAUGUUCAUGGUACUUUAACAUGAAUAUGGUGUUGUUUGGGAAACUAUGGUGCGCCCUGGGUCACAUUCUGCAGUUCUGUAAGCUGAAGAGUUGAUUGAAAAGUACUCACAAAUCAAAAUGCUUUCAUUCACUUAGCUAUAACAACCAAAAAAUGGCAUAGUCAAACUAGGUGAUUAGUUGUUUUUCAAAGGAUAAAUUAGUUUCUUUACUUUCCUUAUGACUCUUGCUAUUUUUUAACAUAUGAACGAUGCUGCAUAGACUACCUAAUAUCUUUCA